CGACUCAACCAAACGGACGUAAGCAACAUACAGCGACACUGAUACCCGAUGGGAAAAUUAUUUUUAUAGGUGGAGUGAAUAACCUUGAUGUAGCACAGCUCGAUAUUUAUGACACAAUUGCAGAUCAAUGGUCGCAGAAGAGUGCAACUAUAUCUGGAUCUGUUUUUUCUCGAUGGGGUCAUACAGCUACUCUUACAACUAAUAAUCGAAGUAUAAUAAUGUACGGAGGCCAAUCAUAUAACUCUGUCCCAAUAGGCAGCAUUGCAAUUUUGGAUCUUACCACUUAUGUAUGGACUAAUACUACACCUUCUGGAGAUCCUGAUGAUAUGCCAAUAAUUUCACCGAGCUUCCAUACGGCUGCUCUUUAUAAUGAUUAUGUAUUUUUUACAUUUGGUAAGCACUAA